CAGAGAACAGCUCUGAUAACCCAGAGUUAAGACAGUAGCUUUCUCUUUCCGUCUCCGAACUGGUCACUCUUCCGAGAACGAGUUUUACUAAAAUAAGGUGUCCCUCCGGUUGAGCAGCGAUGUCGGCCAAAGCCAUCUCCGAGCAGACGGGGAAGGAGUUCCUCUACAAGUACAUCUGCACCUCGGCCGCUGUGCAGAACCGCUUCAAGUACGCCAACGUGACGGCCGACACCGACUGGGACUGCCUCACUCAGGAUCACCCCUGGCUGCUGACCGAGCGGCUGGUGGUGAAGCCUGACCAGCUGAUAAAACGCCGUGGCAAGCUGGGUCUGGUGGGCGUCAACCUGGACCUGAAUGGCGUGAAGGAGUGGCUGAAGCCCCGCCUCAUGAAGGAGACCACGGUGGGAAAGGCAACAGGCAUCCUGAAGAACUUCCUCAUAGAGCCUUUCGUACCUCAUAAGCAGGAGGAGGAGUUCUAUGUGUGCCUCUACGCCGCUCGCGAGGGCGACUACGUGCUCUUCCAUCACGAGGGUGGAGUGGACGUGGGGGACGUGGACGCCAAGGCGCAGAAGCUCCUGGUGGGAGUGGACGAGAAGCUGAGUGUGGACGCAGUGAGGAGUCGGCUGCUGUCUCACGUUAGCGCUGACAAGAGAGAGGUUCUGGCCAACUUUAUAGUGGGGCUCUUCAACCUGUAUGAGGACUUGUACUUCACUUACCUGGAGAUCAACCCCCUGGUGGUCACCAAAGAUGGCGUGUUCGUGCUGGAUAUGGCAGCCAAGAUCGAUGCCACUGCAGACUACAUUUGCAAGGCCAAGUGGGGUGACCUGGAGUUCCCCCCACCCUUUGGGAGAGAGGCAUACCCCGAGGAGGCCUAUAUUGCUGACCUGGAUGCCAAGAGUGGCGCCAGCCUGAAGCUGACCCUGCUGAACCCACGUGGAAGGAUCUGGACCAUGGUGGCAGGAGGAGGGGCGUCCGUGGUGUACAGUGACACCAUCUGUGACCUGGGCGGAGUCGACGAGCUGGCCAAUUACGGGGAGUAUUCAGGGGCACCUAGCGAGCAGCAGACCUACGACUACGCCAAGACCAUCCUGUCCCUGAUGACCCGGGAGAAACACCGUGAUGGGAAGGUCCUCAUCAUCGGAGGAAGCAUUGCCAACUUCACCAAUGUGGCAGCAACUUUUAAGGGCAUCGUGAGGGCCAUCAAAGACUACCAGGUCCCCCUGAAGGAGCACGAGGUCUCCAUCUUUGUGCGCCGUGGUGGCCCCAACUAUCAAGAGGGGCUGAGGGUAAUGGGAGAAGUGGGGAAGACCACUGGGAUCCCCAUCCAUGUCUUCGGCACUGAGACCCACAUGACCGCCAUCGUUGGCAUGGCACUGGGCCACCGGCCAAUCCCCAAUCAGCCACCCGCAGCCGCCCACACCGCCAACUUCCUGCUCAACUCCAGCGGCAGCUCCUCGACCCCAGUGACCAGCAGGACCUCCUCCUUCUCAGAGUCCAGAGCGGCGAGUGGCGCCUCGCCCUCAAAAAGGUCCAAACCGGGCGUCCCACCAGCUAAAGCCACCACGCUCUUCAGCAAAUACACCAAGUCCAUCGUGUGGGGCAUGCAGACGCGCGCGGUGCAGGGCAUGCUGGACUUUGACUACGUCUGCUCCCGGGAGGAGCCAUCCGUGGCUGCCAUGGUGUACCCCUUCACUGGGGACCACAGGCAGAAGUUCUACUGGGGACACAAGGAGAUCCUGCUGCCCGUUUACAAGAACAUGGGCGAUGCCAUGAAGAAGCACCCAGACGUGGACGUGCUCAUCAGCUUCGCCUCGCUGCGCUCAGCCUUCGACAGCACCAUGGAAACCAUGCAGUACCCCCAGAUCCACACCAUCGCCAUCAUUGCAGAGGGCAUCCCUGAAGCCCAAACCAGGAAACUGAUCAAGAGGGCGGACGAGAGAGGCGUCACCAUCAUUGGGCCAGCAACGGUGGGUGGGAUCAAGCCUGGGUGUUUUAAGAUCGGAAACACGGGGGGCAUGCUGGAUAACAUCCUGGCCUCUAAGCUGUACCGGCCAGGCAGCGUGGCCUAUGUGUCCCGCUCCGGCGGCAUGUCCAACGAGCUCAACAACAUCAUCUCCCGCACCACUGACGGCGUCUACGAGGGCGUGGCCAUCGGGGGCGACAGGUACCCAGGGUCCACGUUCAUGGACCACGUGCUGCGCUACCAGGACACCCCUGACGUGAAGAUGAUCGUGGUGCUGGGAGAGAUCGGGGGCACGGAGGAGUACAAGAUCUGCCGGGGCAUCCGGGAGGGCAGGAUCACCAAGCCCGUGGUCUGCUGGUGCAUCGGGACCUGCGCCACCAUGUUCGCCUCGGAGGUGCAGUUCGGCCAUGCCGGCGCCUGCGCCAACCAGGCCUCCGAGACCGCGGUGGCCAAGAACAAGGCCCUGCUGGAGGCCGGAGCCUUCGUGCCCAAAAGCUUUGAUGAGCUGGGUGACGUCAUCAAGAAGGUCUACGACGAUCUAGUUGCUAAGGGAGUCAUAGUUCCUGCAAAGGAGGUGCCCCCACCAACUGUGCCAAUGGACUACUCCUGGGCACGGGAGCUGGGCCUGAUCAGAAAGCCGGCGUCCUUCAUGACCAGCAUCUGCGAUGAGCGAGGCCAGGAGCUGCUCUACGCCGGCAUGCCCAUCACCGAGGUGUUCAAGGAGGAGAUGGGCCUGGGGGGAGUGCUGGGCCUGCUCUGGUUCCAGAGGAGGUUGCCACGCUAUGCUUGCCAGUUCAUUGAGAUGUGCCUGAUGGUCACAGCAGACCACGGCCCCGCCGUGUCCGGCGCCCAUAACACCAUCGUCUGCGCCCGUGCCGGGAAGGACCUCAUCUCCAGCCUGACGUCUGGGCUGCUCACCAUAGGUGACAGGUUUGGAGGGGCGCUGGAUGCAGCUGCCAAGCAGUUCAGUAAGGCCUUCGACAGCGGCCUGCUGCCCAUGGAAUUUGUCAACAAGAUGAAGAAGGAGGGCAGGCUGAUCAUGGGGAUCGGGCACCGGGUGAAGUCGAUCAACAACCCUGACAUGAGAGUUCAGAUCCUGAAGGACUUUGUGAAGCAGCACUUCCCUUCCACCCAACUGCUGGACUAUGCUCUGGACGUGGAGAAGAUCACCACCUCCAAGAAACCCAACCUCAUCCUGAACGUGGACGGCUUCAUCGGGGUGGCCUUCGUAGAUCUGCUGAGGACGUGUGGCGGAUUCACGCGGGACGAGGCUGAUGAGUUUGUGGAGAUCGGGGCUCUCAACGGAAUCUUUGUGCUGGGUAGAAGCAUGGGCUUUAUUGGACACUACUUGGAUCAGAAGAGGCUGAGGCAGGGCCUGUACCGCCAUCCAUGGGACGAUAUCUCCUAUGUGCUUCCUGAACACAUGUCCAUGUAACUAUGGCAGCUCUGCAUCCAGACCCUCAAGACCCAGGGUCAUAGUGUUUCACUUCUGUCACCAAUACAGCUGGUUAUUUAUAGAUUCUUCACAAGUCACAGCAGAUGGAGAUCCAUGACCACAACAGCUGAUUUAAGCCUGGAAGUCAGUUUAUGAGUCAAAAAGAACACGGCCUUUCGUAGAUCAAACUGAAUGAAUCAAUCAAAAUGUAAGAAGCUAAUGCAAGUUCAAACUGAGUGGUCACACCAGGAGGAUGCCAGGAACACUGUCAGUGUUCCACUUAAAACAGAGGCUGAAACACUAAUAAUAACUUAAUCGUAUUGUCUUUAUCACUGCAUUUCUUCUGUGGAGAUAAAUUGGAUCUUCUCAGGAUCUAAGAUCAUCUCAUGCUUACCUAUACAAAGAUGGUUGUUUUUCCCAUUCACAUACAGUAAAAUUCCUAAUACCUCUGCUGAUAUUACCUCUCUUAGUACUGCUGGUGUGAAUACACUGUAUAGCGGCGAGUGAUUGUGUUGCCUUAAGCUGGCUUAGAUAUAUCCUGUUUCAAUUAAAAGCAGUAGAAGCAUGGACCUGUAGAACAAAAAUAAAUAACUAACUGAAACAAUAGUUUUAUAUAGAGAGAUAUAUGUAAAUGUGUCACUGUUUAUGGAGGUCACACACAGUAAAAAAAAAUGCAGAAUGUAUGUGUUAGCCUUUAGUAUUACUUGGAAUUAUUAGCUAAAGAUACUUAACUUGCAUUUUGGCCAGUGGUGCAGAUUUAACCUAGAUCAGUUUACUUCUUAGAAGCAUGUUCCAUGGUCACAUGUCCCUCCUGAUCUGAAGAUCUGAUGGGGGUGCUUCUGAGCCUGUUACCUUGGAGAUUCUGACUGCUUAUCUGUGCCUGUUGGGAGAAGUAUAACCACCGUGUUCGUCGUCUCAGCCAAAACUAAGCUGAAUGUUUACUCAUUACAGUUUUAAAAGGGACCAUAGUAACUGAUAUGUUCCCUCUUUCUCUUCACUUCCUGUAGGCUGGCUUGAUCCCCAUGUGCAAUUGACUUUGUGACUUGUCCUUUGCGAUAGGUUCCCAGACAGGAUCCUGUCUGUAUUCAGUGUGCCAUACUUGUUGAGAAGAUGUCUGCACAUUUUAAAGAAACCACUGGUUCUGUUUAAAGAGAACCGUUGA